AUGGUGGAGAAAAGUAUUGAAAAUCUGAACAAUCAAAAGAAUGAGCAGAUUUCAGGUCAGAUGGAAUUCAGGUCUCAGAAAGGCAAUAUUCCCUUAACAGAUGGUCUCAUGCCUCCCAACAACGUGACUGAAUUUAUUCUCCUGGGACUCACACAGGACCCAUAUUUGCAAAAAAUUCUCUUCAUUGUCUUUUUGUUCAUUUUUCUAUUUACCCUGUUGGCCAAUUUGUUCAUUGUCGUCACUAUCUCCCUCAGUCCCACGCUUUCAGCUCCUAUGUACUUUUUUCUCACUUACCUGUCGUUCAUAGAUGCCUCUUACACCUGCGUCACCACCCCCAAAAUGAUCAUUGACCUCAUCUUUCAGAGGAGAACCAUCUCCUUGGGCAGUUGCUUGGCUCAGCUCUUUGUGGAACACUUUCUGGGCGGUUCAGAGAUCAUCCUCCUCAUUGUCAUGGCCUAUGACCGCUACGUGGCCAUCUGCAAACCCCUGCACUACACCACCAUCAUGAGACAGGGGUUAUGCCGCCUCCUGGUGGUGGUGGCCUGGAUGGGCGGGAUCCUUCAUGCCACAGUGCAGAUUCUUUUCAUGGUCAACUUGCCCUUCUGUGGCCCCAAUACCAUCGACCACUUCAUGUGUGACCUCUUCCCCCUGCUGAAGCUGGCCUGCAGGGACACAUACUUGCUUGGACUAGUGGUGGCUGCCAACAGUGGGGCCAUGUGCUUGCUCAUUUUCUCCAUGCUUCUCGUCUCCUAUAUCGUCAUCCUCUGCUCCCUGAAAUCGCACGGCUCUGCAGGGCAACGCAAGGCUCUCUCCACCUGCGGGUCCCAUUUUACGGUAGUUGUACUCUUCUUUUUGCCCUGCAUAUUCACCUACAUGCGUCCUGUGGUCACCUACCCGGUCGACAAGUUGGUGACUGUGCUUUUUGCAAUUCUUACCCCUAUGUUAAAUCCUAUCAUUUACACAGUGAGAAAUACAGAGGUGAAAAGUGCCAUGAAGAGCUUGUUGAAGACAAGGGCACUUAAUUAG